ACCUGCUGUAGUCACAGCUCUAAAUACCACUUCCACCAAAGAACAAGUUUUCCAAGACCCCUUUCUUCCGCAAAAUGCAAUUACAAAGCAUCCUCACUCUCGUCGCUUUGGCGACUAGUGUUCAUGGUUACACCAUGGCAAUUUGCACAGAUGCCGCAGUAAGCAUUCCAUCCUUACACACUCGAAGAUUCUAUGCUAUUCAUUCUUUCUUCACCCUCGCGACGAGCAGAUUACAUCUCUGUAACACAUAACAUAGGGCAAAGGGGUCACUGAACCGACCAUAAACGCAUGUGGUAAGGCUAAGACUGAAGGUGGCUGCUCCGAUUGCCAGUACAUACCUUUCGAUGGGUUUCAUUGCGAGAGUAUGGAAAACAAAAAUAACGAUGACAAGGUAAACACUCGCCUUCCUUUCCUUCUUAGGCACGAGAUAGUUGGGGUGCUGAUUUGUUGUCUCUUUGUAGUGGAAACAAUAUUGCAAGGAUGCCGGUGCCGCCGGUGGAGAGGGCACCAAUGAUUAAUGUUCUGAUAAUCAAGGUCAACAUCUCUGAGGAGCUUAUGUAUGAGG